AUGGGUUCAUCAUCCAUGAGAGUUGCAGCAAUUGUUUUUUACCUUUGCUUUCUCACCUUUGCAACAUUUCAUAAUUGCUUUUGCAAUGGAAACUCCAACAUUGUUUGCUCCAAAACUGAAAAGCAAGCCCUUCUAAAAUUUAAGCAAGAUCUUAAAGACCCUUCGAACCGGUUGUCCUCUUGGGCUGGUGACAACUGCUGUCAAUGGUCCGGAGUUGUCUGCGACAACUUCACUGGUCAUGUCCAUGUGAUCCACCUUCCUUAUAAUUAUAGUGAUGCUGAUUGUCAUUAUAAUGGAAGUUAUUCUGAAUAUGAAGCUUGCUGGCGUCAUCACCAGUUAGGAGGUAAAAUAAAUCCUUCUUUGCUCGAUUUGAAGCACCUCCGGUAUCUGGACUUGAGCGGGAAUCAUUUUGGAGGGAUUCGCAUUCCUAGCUUCAUUGGCUCUAUUGGAAGUUUGAGGUAUCUCGACCUGUCUGGUGCCGAAUUCAGCGGAGCCAUUCCUCAUCAACUAGGAAAUCUCACCAUGAUACGUUAUCUGGACUUGAGCUUCAAUUAUCUUUAUCUUCAAGGUACUUUUUCUGAAACUGAACUAAAGUUACGUGGUGAUAAUUUACACUGGGUUUCAGGUCUUCUUUCAUUACAACACCUUGAUAUGUCACGGGUAAACCUUAGCAAAGCAGUGGAUUGGGUAGAGGUGAUGAGCACGCUUCCUUCUUUGGUAGAAUUGCAGUUACGUGGUUGUGAUCUCAAAUAUUCUUCUCCUUCAACUACCAUUAACUUUACAUCACUACAUAUCCUCGACCUUUCUGAUAACAAUUUUGCAGAGUCUAUACCUAAGUGGAUUUUUAGUUUGCAUCAUCUAGUUUCCCUAGAUAUCAGUUAUUGUAACUUUUAUGGCCCAAUUCCCAAUGGCAUUCAAAACUUGACUUCUCUCAAAGAGUUUUAUGCUGAUGCAAAUAAUCUGAAUUCAUCAUUGCCCAAGGGGUUGUUUAGCCUCAAAGACCUUGUUGUUCUGGAAUUAGGCUCCAAUAAGUUUCAGGGACCAAUUCCAAUUGGCCUUCUAAACAUGACUUGUCUUAGAGAUAUAGGUUUGGGAGAUAAUCUUUUCACUACGUUGCCGAAUGGGUUAUUGUCUAGGCUUAGCCGUCUCGAGUCGGUCUAUCUCGCGGACAAUCUCUUGCAAGGUGUAAUCUCAGGAGCCGUAGGAAACUUGACUUCCCUCAUUAGCCUUGAUUCUAAACAUGAGUAG